AGCCUCAAGGCGGCAGGGGCGGGCGGCUGCCGCGGGGCCGCCGCGCCCUGCGCGCGCGGCGGCGCCAUGGUGGACCUCCUCGUCAAGCCGGUGGAGGAGCGCGUCCAGCGGCUGAACGCCGCGAGGGAUUCCAUGCAACCUCUGCUGGAGGACCCGGCGAGCAGGCGCACAGGAUCUUCCAGAACGAGUGCGAGACCACCUUCUCCAAGUUCCGCCUUACCGUCAUGCACCUCAGGAAGGAGCAGGAGGCGCUGAGCGCCGUGCAGAGCAAGGAGGUGGUGACGCGUUUCGUGGGCCGGAUCUGCAAGGAGCCGCUCCUCGCCGGCCGCCCUACGGGGCUCGCGGACUGAUGCUGAGCGACGAGUGGAUGGCGGCAUUCAUGAAGGAGGCGGAGCUAGACCUCGACAAUCUGCCACCGGGCAUCAAGGACGAGUUCAAGAAGCGCCUGGAUGAGGUGAAAGAGAAGGAAAAGGAGAAAGACCAGGCGAAGGAUCCAGACAAGAGGCAGCAUGGGCCCAAGAAGGAGGACGUGCCAAAAGAUCCAUGGUCGAGGGCGCCGCAGGAGAAGAAGGACAAGCCUGCGGCGGUGCCGGGUCCCGACAAGCCCUUGGCGGGCGGGGGGGAGGGAGCUCCGCAUUCAGCUUGGCACGGCAUUGCACAAAGACUUACGGGGCCCCGAGCGGAU